CAAGCUCAAAACCGGAAGUGAGCUCACCUAGCUUCCUUCGGCAUGGGCACUCGUUUGAAGGUGCUGAGUGUGUUCAAAGCUUUGCACAGGACGAGGCUGGCUGUGUUCAGAGACGAUGACAGAGCACUCACAGCCGGAAGGUUAAAAAUCAAUGAGGAAUUCCGGAAAAACAAAAGUGAGACUUCACAUGAAGACAUUGAAAAGAUGAUCAAACUGGCCUCCGAUGUUGAAGUUUUUCUUCGACAAUCUGUGUUACAAGUAGAGCAUGUUGGAGAAAACCAUGUCUUGGUUCGACCCAGGAAGGAUCUUCUGCGAAAAAACAUACCAUAUUGUGACCAACCAGAAGAAAAGUCCUGAUAAUCCAUGUGGUGUAAUUUUUACACACAAAAAGACUUUUUCUCUGAAGCCAUUAGUAACCAUCUGCAAUUCAGAGGAUUCACCCAACGCAACAUUUCAAGCUGUGCAGGUUGUUACUGUCUGAAGAAUACAUUGUUGUAGUUAACUCUCAGCUGUUCUAACACAUCUGUUCUGUAAACCGGAAGUCAUAAUUUCAUGUACAGUAUGUUAAUAAAUGUGAUGUUUCAUU